GUUAGAGUAGCUACGUUGCGCUAUGAGACUCACAAACACCAACUCAUAACCACUAUAUACAACAUGGCAGCUGUAGCCGCCAACAACCAAGGAACAUCGCUCGAUAUCCGAGUUGAGGACUUCCUGGACGAUAAGCUUCAGUCUAUUUCCGACCUUGAGGAUCUCGACACACUUAUCGCAAAUGUUGAGCUUCAACGAAACCAGCUGCAAUUACAGUUAGAUACAGCUGUGAAAGAGCUCGAAGAGACCCGACGCACUGCCGACGAUCGCCAGGGGUCACUUGCUGCUCGCAUAGAAGAGUUUCAAAAGCUUCAAGAGAGCAUUGAUCUUCGUGCUCAGAUCUAUGCUGCCUCGGAUGCCCCAGAUCAGGCCAUCGAACGCCUAAAAGCGCCUAUGAACAAGAUUAAGGCCGUUGAGCGUGCCCAGAGAUACCUUGUUCUCUUGCAAGACGCUGAAAAAUUUCGAGCAGAGGCGAGAUCAUUCUUGCCUCAGAACCCCAAAGCUUCAUUGGAGCCUUAUAUCAAGUUGAAACAGCAUGUUCAAAAGCUACAAGGCCUACCUGGCCAAGAGGGCCUUCACCUCGUUGCAUAUGCCGAAGCCAUGGCCGCUUCACUUUGGGAUGAGAUCAAAUCUACUAUGUCCGGGGAACUUGAGGCCGUCUUGAAGCAGAGGAAGUGGCCCAAGAUUGACACCCAUGUACAGAUGGACGAGGAAUGGGUUAAUUGCAUAGAAAAGCUCAUCGAUCUUCAAAGGCCGGAAAUAGCACACACUGACAAGCUUGUCACGUUGCUACCGUUUGAAAUCAUGGCCUCCAUCUUUGUCUCCGAGUUUCGCUUCCAUUUCCUUAGCGAAAAGCCAACCAGCGGUGCCCAGGCAUUUGGAACUCAUUGCCUCCCAUGGUUUAUCGCACUGGUCGAGAAAUGGGAAGAUUUCUUCCGGGAUAAUCUGGGCUACUUACUAGCAGAGAAGUUCCGGGACACUGCUGUAGCGACCAACCUGGCUUAUAUCGACCCUGUUUCUGCCUUUAUUACCUCGCUCCUCCCAGUGCUGAAGGAGAAAACCUCAUUAGUUGCACUCGAAGCUAUCAAGAGCCCCUCCUUUCUCAGCAGUUUAAUGUCGCAACUCAUGGCAUUUGACGAGAAUGUUCGCUACAAGUUUAACUACGACGGCGGCGAUGUUGAGAACGGAUGGUCUGGCUUGACCGCACACAUACUGGAUGACCACUUUGAUACGUGGUUCGAGGCCGAGAAAGAUUUCGCCCUUGAGAGAUAUAACACUAUUAUGGAGUCACAAGAUGCCCGCAAUAUCGAUUAUGAUUAUGCGCUCCAGGGCAAGAUGAAGCCAACAUAUGCUGCUGUGCGUGUCACUGAUCUUCUGCGGUCUGUGACAAGUCAGUACGAGAGAGUACGUACCUUUAAGCACAAAAUUCGCUUCUUGAUCGGCAUUCAACUUGAAAUCUUGGAUGCUUAUCACGACCGCCUUCGAGACUCACUCCAGGCUUAUCAGAGCAUGUCUACGACCUUUGGCCGCACUUUGGCUGCGAAUAAGGAGGACCUUGCUAUUCUAGAGGGUACAGGUGGUUUCGAGGUACUCUGCAAAGUGAUUGGCAGCGCUGAUCAUAUUGUGAAUACUCUGAAAGACUGGAGCAACGAAGAGUUCUUUGUCUCUUUGUGGGAUGAACUCCAGACUCGAGCAUUGCACAGAUCUAGCCAGGGCAACAAUAUUACGAGUACCAUGAGCUACGAUGAUGUGAAGGAUCGCACAUCUACAGCAGUGGGAGAAAAACAUGAAGAUGGGGCUCUAUUUGAUGAGACAGCGAGUGCCUAUAACAUGCGACGCAAGGCUGCUCAAGAACUUCUCGUGGGCGCUUUGGUCGAGUCGCACAAUAAAGCCUUCCGAGCAUACACCAACCGUGUUCAAUGGACAACUGUCGGUGAAACUGCUAUCCUUGAUGAGCUUGCUAUUACGCCAGAACUUGAUGAGCCACUUCGCAUCCUCCAGCGCAACUUUGACUUUCUCAUCAGAGCUCUUUCGACUGCAGUGUUUCGCCGCGUCUGCCGAGAAGCCCUUGUCGAGCUUCAAGAUUAUCUAUGGCAAAGUGUCCUUAUGCGCCAGUCGUUCACCACUUACGGUGCAGCCCAGUUCCGUCGCGACGGCGCUGCCUUGGUUUCUACUAUCGAACGCUAUAUUCCCAAUGGUUCAUCUGUCCUUGAUAACUUGACCGAGGGUAUGCAGCUCCUGAGUCUUCCGGUUGAAGCGGGCGAGACGAGUGGCUUGACACUCAAGGAAGCCAGCGAUCGAGUCUUCACUGACAACGAAGAGGCGCGCAAGGUACUAGAGGAACUACAUCUUGAAGGGCUGUCACCGCAAGGUGCAAGAAACAUUCUGCAGCGUCGUGUAGAGAACAACGAGAACGUAGGGUGGUAAAGCGAAAUAGACUAAAAUUGGGUAUAUUAUCACGCAUUCGAUGCCUUUUUCCAAGGUCUAUCGCUCAUGCCUCACGUGUUGAACCUGUCCGUGGCCUUCUAAAAAUAUCAUUUUCCUUUUUGUUCUAACCAUUGAGCCCCCCAAUACGUUUUAUUGCAUCAAAAGAUCAACCAUAUUCCAUUUUCCGCACUAUUCGCUUUUGUUUAGCUGUUAAGAGCCCGCAUGGUCAUCUCGACAACAAUGAAAGUUCCCGCGCUGACAGGCAUAGCUCGUGCCAGCGUAGGUCCGAUACCCUUCCAGAAGCCAGCCGCUCCCUCGGCUCGCCAAGUCUUUGAAAAGCAAUCUCGCAUGGUGGCGUAUUUUUGGUUGGCACCGAAACCGUCGGUCUGCAUCUUGCUCUUGAUAACAUCGAAGGGGUAGCUGGAAAGCCAGAGAACUUCACCGGCAAGACCACCGUAAAGAGCAAUCUUGUAAGCGGGGAUGUCCUUGCGGUCGAUCUUGUUGCGGGCAGCGUCGGAGUUCAUCAUAUACUCAAAGGCGGUGAACCAGGAACCGUAGGCGAAAGCCUCUCGCCAGAUAGUGACAGCCUGACCGCGGUAGAUGCCACUCAGGACACCAUUGUGAGCUCCGAGCUUACGAAUGCAGUCACCAGGACCAUCGUAUAGACGACCGGCGCCGUGAGGCUGGCUCUGAAGGCGGAUACGGAUAUGCUCGAUGGGACCUGAGAGGACCGAGUUGGAGAUACCAGCAAAGGCACCCGCGGCACCGUAUUGAAGGUAAGACAGUUCGGCUCCGUUGUUGCGAGUUUGGAACCAGCGCUUCGCGGCGUUGAAGGCACCGAAUUGGACGGAAACACAGGCUCCGAUGCCGAUGAGUGGUGUAAGCGUUCCCUUGUAAAAGGCGAGGGCACCCUCGUUCUUGUAGAUUGUGGUGGCGGCGUUGAUGGCAGAAGAGUAUUGUGUUGUAGUUUGCAGUCGGACCUUGACAAUGUCAAAGGGUUGGCCUGAGAUUAGAGCGUUAGCAAUUGGGUUGGAUUCGUACUGUUGUACAAAUAUGCUGGUGACGACUUCAUGGUGGAGGGUAAGCUUAUCGUGAGCCAGGUCUCUCUUCUUGAUCCCCCGGUUCAGAGAAAUCUUCUAUACGCCUUUGCGCUGACCGACUCCCCAACAAUUGAACGAAAGAAACAUCAAGACAUACCAAUCAAGACCUGCGCGAUUCCUCCAACAGCACCA